UCGACGUCGGACUACUGUUAGUCUGAAGUGAAGGAGUGCAAACAAUUGUUAGUGACGAACAAUUCCAGAGACGAACGAAGUUAUGGCUGCUUCAUCCAGCCAGUAUAUGGCUGUAGUAGCAAUUGACUUUGGAACAACAUUCAGUGGUUUCGCGUUUUCGUUCAACCAUCAAGAAGGUGAAAGGGGAAUCCUGGUGAACAAGGCUUGGGGAAACGAAAAAGGAUACCAGGCGCUGAAAACGCCAACAUGUCUACUGCUGGAUCCCAAAGAAAGGUUCCGUAGCUUCGGCUUCGAAGCAAAGGAGGAAUACGCCAUGCUGGAAGAAAAAGGCGACACGAAGUACUACUUCUUUGAUCUGUUCAAGAUGAGCUUAUUCAAGGAAGGCGAUGACCAGACUAUCACAAAGAAUACCAAGUUAACCGCAAGAAAUGGAAAACGACUGCGUGCGAUGGACGUCUUUGCGCACGCUCUCCGCUUCCUGAAGGAUAAGGCCCUACAAGUAAUGAAAGAGAGGACAUCCGUGGAGUUCACAACAGCCGACAUACAGUGGGUCCUGACCGUUCCAGCCAUCUGGCAGUCAAGUGCUCGUCAGUUCAUGAGAGACGCUGCCUACCAGGCUGACUUGCUAAGCUCCAAAAUGCCUGAACAACUCAUCAUCGCCCUCGAACCGGAGGCAGCGUCUCUGUGGUGUCGCGAGCUAAAGCUGGUCGACUUUGCAGAGGAAACUGAUGAAGCGCUUGUGCGAGAUGUCAUAGCAAGGCACGGCACGAGCUACUUAGUGGUGGACUGUGGGGGAGGUACUGUAGACAUCACCGCUCAUCGUAUCCAGCCAGAUGACUCCAUUCACGAGAUCUACCGGGCUACAGGGGGAGCGUGGGGUGGGAGUAAGGUGGAUCAAGAGUUAGAGGUGAAGCUCAAAGACAUAUUUGGGGAAAAUGUAGUAAACCGAUAUAAGAAUUCAUACCCAUCUGACUGGUUAGAGAUCAUUGGGGAUUUUGAGAUGAAGAAGCGGUCCGAGCGGUCUAUUCAAGAUCUGCCAACUAGAGUCAGACUGCCAACUAGCUUCAUAGACCACUGGUCUGCAGUCCUACAAAAGGCCAUCAGAGAGGAGUUUCAGAAUAAGUACCGUAUCUUGGUACCAGCCGAUCCUGAAAUGGCCAUUGUGAAAGGCGCGGUUAUGUUCGGGGAUAGCCCAAAGAUCAUCCAAACGAGGAUCAGUGCAAGGACGUAUGGUGUUGAUGCGUGUGGAACAUUUAAAGAGGGUGUGCAUCCUUUGAGUAAGAAGUUUACAACAAGCACUGGAAGAGUAAGAUGCCGAGACAUAUUUGAAAUUCUCGUGCGGAUGGACGAGGCACUGCGUAUUGGUGAAAGUAAGACAUUUAAAUUCCACCCCAUUGAGCCUGACCAUACAGAGAUCACAUUUGACUUUUAUGUCACUCAAGCAAAGAACCCUAAGUUUGUAGACGAUGAAGGAGUGAUCCGUGAAGGGUGUAGCAUCACGGUUAGCAGCCCAGAUACCACGAAAGGGACAGAGCGAGACAUAGAAUUAAAAAUCAAGUUUGGAGGAACAGAAAUCACUGCCACUGCCAUCGACAUCGAGUCGGGUUCAAAUGUCACAUGCCAUGUUAGUCUGAUCACAAAGAACUAG